GUCAUCAGCCGGCGCCGGCGGCCGCAUGCCGCGGAACGUAGCUGCGGUCGGGGAAGUUGGCUGCUGCUGCACGCUGGUAGGACAGUAGCCGGGGCUGGGACCGCUGCUCGGCGCCGCCAUGCAGGUCUCCAGCCUCAACGAGGUGAAGAUUUACAGCCUCAGCUGCGGCAAGUCCCUUCCCGAGUGGCUUUCUGACAGGAAGAAGAGAGCACUCCAGAAGAAAGAUGUAGAUGUCCGUAGGAGAAUUGAACUGAUUCAGGACUUUGAGAUGCCGACCGUUUGUACCACUGUGAAGGUGUCCAAAGAUGGACAGUACAUUUUAGCAACUGGAACAUAUAAGCCUCGGGUUCGAUGUUAUGAUACCUAUCAGUUAUCCUUGAAGUUUGAAAGGUGUUUGGAUUCAGAAGUUGUUACCUUCGAAAUUUUGUCUGAUGAUUAUUCAAAGAUUGUCUUCUUACAUAAUGACAGAUACAUUGAAUUUCACUCACAGUCAGGGUUUUACUAUAAAACCAGAAUACCGAAGUUCGGGAGAGACUUCUCUUACCACUACCCCUCCUGCGACUUGUACUUCGUCGGUGCCAGCUCUGAAGUUUAUAGAUUAAAUUUAGAACAAGGACGGUACCUGAAUCCUCUACAGACUGAUGCUGCGGAGAACAAUGUUUGUGACAUAAAUUCAGUGCAUGGCUUAUUUGCUACAGGAACAAUAGAGGGUCGAGUGGAGUGCUGGGACCCAAGAACUCGAAACAGAGUGGGCCUUCUGGACUGCGCAUUAAGUAGUGUCACAGCGGAUUCAGAGAUCAACAGUUUACCCACAAUCUCUGCUUUAAAAUUCAAUGGCGCCUUGACCAUGGCAGUGGGAACAUCCACAGGGCAGGUGUUGCUGUACGACCUUCGGUCUGACAAGCCGCUGCUGGUGAAGGAUCACCAGUACGGGCUGCCCAUCCAGUCGGUUCAUUUCCAGGACUCGUUAGAUCUGAUUCUGUCUGCAGACUCUCGAAUUAUCAAGAUGUGGAAUAAGAACUCCGGGAAAAUAUUCACUUCCUUAGAGCCAGAACAUGACCUGAAUGACGUUUGCCUCUACCCCAACUCAGGAAUGCUUUUUACUGCCAAUGAAACCCCCAAGAUGGGCAUCUAUUACAUUCCGGUCCUAGGGCCCGCCCCCAGGUGGUGCUCUUUCUUGGACAACCUGACGGAAGAGUUAGAAGAGAAUCCAGAAAGCACAGUGUAUGAUGAUUACAAAUUUGUCACCAAGAAAGACCUUGAAAAUUUAGGGCUGACACAUCUCAUCGGGUCUCCUUUCCUGCGAGCAUACAUGCACGGCUUCUUCAUGGAUAUCAGGCUCUACCAUAAGGUGAAGCUAAUGGUAAACCCAUUUGCCUAUGAAGAAUACAGAAAAGAUAAAAUUCGACAGAAGAUAGAAGAGACGCGUGCCCAGAGAGUCCAGUUAAAGAAAUUGCCAAAAGUUAACAAAGAGUUGGCACUUAAACUAAUUGAGGAAGAAGAGGAGAAGCAAAACUCUCCAUUGAAAAAGAAAAUUAAGAACCUUCCUAGUAUUCUCACCGAUGAUCGGUUUAAAGUCAUGUUUGAGAACCCCGACUUCCAAGUGGAUGAGGAGAGUGAAGAAUUUCGGCUUUUGAAUCCACUCGUGUCAAAAAUUAGUGAGAAAAGGAAGAAGAAACUAAGACUCUUAGAGCAACAAGAACUUCGUGAAAAGGAAGAGGAGGAAGAACCGGAAGGAAAACCGAGUGAUGCAGAAAGUUCGGAGAGUUCGGACGAUGAAAAGGGCUGGGUGGAGGAGGUCAGGAAGCAGCGCAGACUCCUCCAGCAGGAGGAAAGACUGAAGCGGCGGGAGCGGCUCAGGGAGGACCAGCAGACGGUGCUGAAGCCGCAGUUCUACGAGAUCAAAGCAGGAGAAGAGUUCAGAAGUUUCAAAGAGUCCGCCACCAAGCAGAAGCUGAUGAAUAAAACGCUGGAAGAUCGUUUGAAAAUCGAAGCAAAGAACGGGACACUGAGUGUGUCAGACACCACUGUUGGCAGCAAGCAGUUGACGUUCACAUUGAAGAGGUCUGAACAGCAGAAGAAGCAGCAGGAAGCCGAGAAGCUGCAUCGACAAGAGAGGAAGAAGCUCCGCCGUUCUGCUGGCCACCUGAAGUCCAGGCACAGAAGGGGGCGACCGUUCCACUGAGCGGGGACAGGGAGGGCACGGCUCCCACUCGGGCAUGUUGCCCUGGGCGCCAGUCACGUUGGGGACGGGACUUGUCUCUGCGUUUCACGGUUGGAUGUCGGAGCCAGGCUGCGAGCAGCUGGCCAUCGUGAGCCCCAGGGUGCUCCCAGGAAGUGCGGGGCCUGUGGUGCAGCCUUCCCCCGUUUAAUCAGCUCAGCCCGGGGUACGGUCCAUAACACGGAAACGUGUCCCGCGGCACGAGCGCCCUCUGUACCUAAGCAAAGGGGUCACAUCCCGGGAGCCUCUCCCCAGCAGUGCCUCGCCUGCCGCACCGUGGAACCCCCGGAAACGCCACCCAGCUCGCCCGGGGUCUGCGUGUGUGUCAGGGUGUGCUCUGGGCUUCUGACCUGUUUAUGUAUUCGUUUGAGAUUGUUUUAAAAGACAUUUUUAUACUAAGUAUAACUUAACAGUAGUGACUGGAAGCAAGAAUGGCAGCUACCGGCGGUCCUUUCACCUCGGUGCUACAUACAUAGCCAUGGUCGGGCUUGUUUUGUUUUUCCUUCAGUGCAAUUAGAGAUCAUCUUGCUGACAGAAACAUUUGUAACAAUAAAUACUUCCAUUCGAUGGCUUCUUUCAGAAA